AUGGCGGGCGAGCGCCUGUUACUGGGGGACGACUUCCUGUCUCCGCCAACGCCUCCGCCGCUGCCUCCGCCGCUGCCGCUGCAGCCGCCGCCAAUCCCCUCCCCGCCGCCCGAGGAGUCUUUGGCUCAAUGGCGCUACAGCCACGAAAGCGACCGGCAGUGGGGGCUGCGGCGCCAAUUCAUCUGCCGGCACCUGCACAACUACACGGGUCCGGGGGCCAUCGAAAAGCUGCUGUCCCUAUCCACCGCCUGGACGAACCACAUCUUCCUGGGCUGUAAGUAUGGCCCACAGUUGAUGGAGAAAAUCCUCCAGAUGGCAGAAGGCAUCCAUAUCGGGGAGAUGCCUUCUUUCAAAUUGGUGGUGCCCGAGCCCCCUAAAGUGCAGAAGCGGCCCCUCUCUCCACAUGCAGACCCGAGCCCUCCCAAAAAGAAAGCAGCCCCUAGAUUCCUGGUGAGACCUCGGUUUGAGCCUGUCCAUUUUGUUGCUAGUAGUAAGGAAGAGGAGAGAAAGAAAGAUCCCACAGACUCGAGAAAUGAGUGGGGAGAUCCACAAGUUGACUCUAUCAAAUGGCCAGUAGACAGCCUCAAAAGUUACGUUCGGGACAGAUUCCGUGCCCGAUUUGGAAAGACUCGAUUUUCUCAAACGAGAUUUUCUUUUGUAGAGAGGAAACCUACAACCACCAGAACAUUCUCCAGUUAUGGGGACCCUGAAACAUAUAACUUAUAUUCCCAGUCAGUUGCUGAAUCUUCCUCUGCAGAAACCUUAUCACACUUAGUUCUAGCUACAAAGCAAAGUUUUAUUGAAAGACUUUCUGGAGCUGUCCAGAGGAACAUGCCUAGGAAAGAGGUGUCUCAUAGGUCUGAGAAAAGUAGCUACACCUUUAUAUUAUCUCGUUGCUUCCAUGCCUGUAGAACAAAUCCCGAGUAUAUAUACGCUUCUUUAAAAGAAAUUUCCCCAUCUGAUAUCCCCAGAAGUAAGAAAUUCCUGACUGAUGGCUAUGCUUGUGAAGUUAGGUGCCAGAGUGUCUAUUUGACUACAGGUUAUGCUGCUAGCAAGAAUGCCUCUAGGGAUCGAGCUACAGAGCAGGCUGUAAAACUCUUACAAAAACCUGUUGAAGUUAAAAUUGUCAAAAGGAAAUUCAAACACACUUAUCAUGAUGACUUAGUGGUAUUUCCAGCUGGCUUAUCUUCCUAUGAUUUUCCUCCAGCCCUGAGGGUCCCAGAAGACUUUCUCUCCACCAGGAAUGAAUUUGGGCAAUUAAACUACAAUUCUGCUUUUUCCCUUUCCAAACGCUGGAAUAAUUUUGUCCUCAUAGAAAAUGCCAGUGAUUCUAUUGGCAUCCUUAAUAAGUCUGCUUCCUUCAACAGAAUGUCAAUUGAAUACAAAUAUGAUAUCAUGCCAAAUAAUUCAUGGCGCUGUCAAGUGGUUUUAGAAGGCCAGUGCUUAGCUGAAGGUUAUGGAAGCAAAAAAACCAGUAAAUAUGCAGCUGCUGAUGAGGCACUGAAUAUACUGCAAAAAAUGAAAUCCAACAUUGCAGCUACACAAGUUCAACCAGUAAGCUAUUCUACUAAGGACUAUGGAAGGAGGAAAGAUUUAAGGGACCGAAGAGUUUAUGGGAAUUCCUCAAAUCCUGUAUGCACACUAAAUGAUACAUCUCAGUUCAACAAAAUGACUGUUGAGUAUAUUUUUGAAAAGCUAACAGUUCUUCAGUGGAAAUGUAAGGUAAUGCUGGAGAAAGAGUUAAUUACAGAAGCUGUUGGGAUAAGGAGGGGUGUCAAGCAUGAGACUGUGGAAGAAGUUGUCAAAAUCCUUAAAAAGACUAGGCCAACUGCCUUUAACCACCUGAAGAGAGGUGCCAUUGAAGAUAUGAUCACAAGAAGUGAAAUUCGGGGCCGCUCAGGAGAUGAUGGUUAUCAACAGGAGAUCAAAGAGGACAAUAUUGGAAAUCAGCUUUUGAGAAAAAUGGGCUGGAUGGGUGGAGGUUUAGGGAAAUGUGGUGAGGGCAUCUGUGAGCCAAUUUCAGUCAAAGAGCAGCAUAAACGAGAAGGUCUUGGGCUUGAUGUGGAGAAACCAAAUAAACUUUACAAGAGAUACAUUGACCAGAUCAUCAAAAACUAUGCCCACUCAGAAUGCCACGCAGAUUUGGUUUUCUCAACAGAGUUUACCAGUGAUGAGCGAAAGCAGAUACAUCAGAUGGCUCAGAAAUAUGGCCUGAAGAGUAAAUCUCAUGGAAUGGGGCAUGAUAGAUAUUUGGUGGUUGGUAGGAAAAAACGUAAAGAAGACUUGCUAGAUCAGAGGAAAAAAGAAGGCCAAGUUGGACAUUAUGACUUUCAUAUGCCUCAAGGAGAUUGAGGCC